GGGGUGCGACGAACGGCCCUCCCAGCGGAGGGGCGGCUGGCCGAGGUGCCUUGGGCUGACCGAGGUGACAGCGCUGUGACAGCUGCACAGCCGCCCCUCCCCCAGCCUGCGGCCCGCGGCGCUGAGGGACGCGCAGCCCCGGGGAGCCCCCGCCGUGCCCGGCCCGGGGCGGAGGCUGGCGGCACCGGGGGGGGCGGGGCGGGGGGAGGGGCGGCCCCCCCGUGCCCAGGGACCCGCCGUGCCGGGGAGGCUGCGCCGCGCCGCGCUGCCCAGCUGCUGCCCGGAGCCCUGUGUCCGCGACGGCGGGAGAGGUUUGCAGCAAUGAUAAAGGAGGCUAUUGUAAAUGACAAUGAAGAUUCCGAGCCAUCAGUAUGUGAGAAAAAUGGCAUGAUUCCCAUGCAUGAGCAAAGUGAGGAGGGACCAGCAGUAGAUGCCAAAGCUGCUGAUGGGAAUGUGCAAACAGAAGAAACUGCUCUCUUGAAUCACUGUGCUCAGCAGCCUCCGGAACCACUAGCAGGGUCUUCAACACCUGCAAGAACAUGGAGGCAAAUAUGUAUUUGUCCUCCACAAGGUUUACUGGCCCAAACAGUGACAAAUGUUGCAGUUGUGAUCCUGGUUUGGGCUGUGGUUUGGUCCAUCACUGGGACUGAGUGUCUCCCAGGUGGAAAUCUGUUUGGAAUUCUGUUUCUUUAUUUUUUUGCUGUCAUUGGAGGUAAAAUUUUUGGAUUCAUUAAAAUACGAACACUACCUCCUCUCCCCGCUCUUCUGGGGAUGCUGCUUGCCGGUUUCCUUAUCCGAAAUACCCCAUUCAUUAGUGACAUAGUUCAGAUAAACCUACGCUGGUCUGCAGCACUGAGGAAUAUUGCUCUUUCAAUUAUCUUGACCAGAGCAGGACUUGGCCUGGACCCAAAGGCGCUGAGGAAGCUGAAAGCAGUCUGUUUACGGCUUUCUUUUGGACCGUGCCUCUCCGAAACGUGCACAGCUGCUGUUCUUGCCUACUUGUUCAUGCAUUUGCCAUGGCAAUGGGGAUUUAUAUUAGGUUUUGUUCUAGGUGCAGUCUCACCUGCUGUGGUGGUUCCCUCAAUGCUGAUUUUACAAGCUGGGGGAUACGGAGUGGAGAAGGGCGUCCCAACAUUGCUAAUGGCAGCUGGCAGCAUUGAUGACAUUUUGGCUAUCACAGGGUUCAAUACUUGCCUUGGGAUGGCUUUCUCUUCUGGUUCUACUCUGUACAACGUGCUCCGUGGAGUGCUGGAGGUUGCUGUUGGCAUAGCAGCUGGGGGGAUUCUGGGAAUGUUUGUUCGCUAUUUCCCAAGCCGCGAUCAGGCAUCUCUGGCAUGGAAGAGAUCAUAUUUUGUACUUGGGCUGUCCAUGUUUGCUGUUUUUGGAAGCAUCUACUUUGGCUUCCCUGGAUCAGGAGGGCUCUGCACAUUAGUCUUAGCUUUUGUUGCAGGUGUGGGAUGGUCUGAUGAAAAGAGGGAAGUAGAAAAAAUUGUUGCAGUUGCGUGGAACAUCUUUCAACCUUUUCUUUUUGGUUUAAUUGGAGCAGAAGUAUCUGUUACGUCUCUUAGGCCUGAAACUGUUGGGCUCUGUGUUGCUACGUUAGGCAUUGCCCUAGUUGUGCGAAUCAUGGCAACAUUCCUGAUGGUGUGUUUUGCUGGGUUUAAUUUCAAGGAGAAAGUAUUUGUCUCGUUGGCAUGGAUUCCCAAGGCCACUGUGCAGGCUGCAAUAGGUUCUCUAGCCCUGGAUACAGCACGAAGUCAUCAGGAUGAGCAACUGGAAAAGUACGGAAUGGAUGUACUGACAGUAGCUUUCUUGGCUAUCUUGAUCACUGCUCCAAUUGGAGCCCUGGUUAUUGGCUUGGCAGGGCCCAGACUUUUGCAGAAAGCUCAGAAAAACAGCAAGGAGGAUGAGGAAGGUGCUGAGGCUGGAGAAGAGGCAGAGGCCUGCGAACCUUCGUAAGACAGAUAUCUACAGGAGUAUGGUCCUUCAGCCCUUAUGCUUCUGCUGAGUAAACACAGCAUGUCUGUAAUCUUUCUGGAGGAAAUCAAAACAAGUACCAGUUACUUCUGCUAUUUUAAAAGCAGCCCUGGUGGAGUUUUAUAAAAACAUUUUUAUGUGUUGAUGGUGCCUUAAGAGAUGAAAUAGCUGAACGUACAGUGAAUAGGCUGGCCAGGCAGUGAGUCACUGAGCAGUCAGCAGUCAACAGUUACAUGAAAUGUGUGGGUGUGAGGCCAGGGAAAGGAUCAGAAUCGUUCAGGCGUGGAGUGGAGUUAGGAGGUGGAAUAUAACCAGCAGAAAAUGGAGACUAAUGUGAUUAACUUCUUGAUGGUUGAAACUGGGCUGUGAGAUGAUGAGUUCAACAGCUGAGAGAAUGCAACUUCUGAGUAAGAAACUGUGACACACAGUGAGCGAGUCCUGCCAUGGUUUGGCGAUUCCCUCUCCUUCCUCGUUCAGGUUCCAAAGCUUGCCUUUUCCUGUAGCUGUUCUUCCCCACAGCUCACGCACUCCUUUGUGCCUUCAAGGGACUGUCAGUUCUGGUCGUAGCAAGAAACAGUAAGUGGUACUUCAGUCCUGAAAGAGACAGUUGGGUCAUCACAGCCUGUGGUAAUACAGGUGUUGCUGGUGCUGGCAGAAAAAAAAGGACUGAGCUUGAUAAUGGGAUGAGGGCUGUGGGAAGGCUGUAAGAGCUGGGAGGGGGUUGGUUGUAUGGGAUUGGGAUAGCUGCUGCUUCGUCACCUCUGUACCUCAGCCUUUGCACAACGUGAUGUCAGGGGAGGGAGAGCAAGCUCUUCGGCCACUGAGAGUGGCUAUGUGCUGGUGCUGGCCACUGUAGGACAGAGGGGAGAGCUCUUCUCACGUGGGGUCUGCUGACAAGGCAAGGCCAAGGUGGCAAUGAGUUGUCCCUUUCUUUCUCAGCGCCUUCCGGGGAACUCAGCAAUAGCAGCAGACCUCUUCUCAAAUCAAGAUUCAUGGGUCAGCCAGGAUCUCCUAUUAGCUUUGUCCUAAGUUAAUGCUCAUCUGGCUGAGAAAAUGCCACAAUCAUGUCCUCCUCAGACCUGCGUUUGGUUAACUGCAGAAAAAAACCCCAGGUAUUUUCUAAAAGUAUAGCCAGUUAGUGCUGAUUUUUUCCAAGAUGUGGCUAGCUGGAUUGACUUUCAAGAGUGGAGGCUUCUCAGAUUUGCCACAACAUUUUUAUACCUCUGAUCAGAAAACUAAUACUUUAAAUGAACAGCCUUUAAAACACAGUGCUGAGAGGGACGGCGCAACGUGAGAGGAGCCUGGUUCUCAGCUGCUUUCAGAAGGGCUGCUGUGCGAAGGCAGGUGUCAGGAGGAAGCGGUGACUGGGACACAGCACUAGCACCCUUGGCACGUACCCACUGAUCCUGUGGGCCUUGCCAGAAACACGGGUUGUGUGUAGCUGUGGAUUAUGGAAAUGACUGGCAACGCUACUGUGGAAUACCUUGCCAAAACGUUUCAGCAGGGGGAGCAAAAAGCUCAAAUGUGGCUUUCUUCAUUUUAUGUAGCGGGCACCUCCUGCACCGUCAGUUGCAGUAUAGUUCCCAUUUGAUUUUCUCAUUCCCAGAACAGUUUCCUUUUUCUUCUCCUUGACUGUCCUAAAGCCAGGAGUAAACCCUCCUCUGUUGAUCAAAAUCCUGCUCUUGCCUUUAGCUUUGGUAUCAGUUAGGGUUUACUAUUGACAGAUGCCAGCAACUCUUCCCUAGCUCUACUGUUUUGUACAAGUAACCAGGUCCAACUAGGUCAGUCCCAGCUCUUGGUGUCAGCACAGCAUUCCUCAGAACCUGCAAGUUCUGUCAGUUUUUAGGAAGGAUGUUGCACUGUGCCUAUGAUCAAGGUGGAAAAUGCCUCCCUGCAGAUUUCUACGCUACAGUUUCACUGAACUAAUUUUACAGGACACUGUAUAGAAUAUAUUUGACAAGUCUAGAUAUUUUUGGCAUUUGUAAGAAUUUAUUAAUUCUAUUUUAGCUUUUCCACUUCUAAUAGACACGACAAAAAUGGACAAAAAUACCUUUAAAACUACUUGAAACUGUAUUAUUUGCAGAGUGUCCACCUAUGCCUCUAUACAGGUUAACUGCAGCUCAGUAUGUGUGCCUUUGCAUGUGUCUUCCUCUCCAAGCCCAAAAGAAAGCUUCCUGCUAACUGUUUAAGGUUCAUAGGCUACAAUUCCAGCACGGUGAUAAAAAUACCAGGAAAUUCUUUGGUAAGUUUUCCCUUUACAGUUGUCAAGUCAAGUAGAUUCACAUUUUUGUUGCUAUACACACUGCUAUUCUCUCCACUUCCUUGGGGAAUAUACAGUCUUCAAUUCAUGUUUGCCCCCUGACCAGAAAGGAAGAUGCUUUCAGACUGCACGCUGCAGAAUGCUUAGGGUGCUGCACUUGGUGGUUAUUGUGUCACCCACUGUCUUCUGUGCCUGUUCUGCCUCUUUUGCAUGCUAAGGGUCAUUCAGUGGGGUCGUUUUAAUAGGAGGUUAUUGUAUUUGGAAAUUGUAAUGUCUGUAAACCUAAUCAAGAAGAUGAGGGAAUAUGGUAUUCAGUUCAUCUGUGACUGUCUGUAAAAUAAUUCUACUUGAGUAAAACUGACAGGAAUAGAAACUUUAUAUAGUUCCCUUUUUCAAAAAGUUUUAUAAAAAGUAGAAUCCUCCUGUAGGGAGGGAUCACUAGGCCAAAUUUGGAGUCUGUUCAGUAACAGAUGUGUGACAUGUAAGGAUUUAAAUUCGAACACAACCUUAAGUAUGCAAUCAGGCCUCUGACAAACAGCCCUUGUUCAUGAUAGCCUCUAAUACUUGCUCACCAUCAUAACAGCAUCUCAUAAAUUACAUUUACGAUGUUCCCUUAACCUCAGUGCACUCUCAAUUUAUUCAUUAGAUCACUCCUACCAAUGAAGUGUCAUCUUCGCUAAUCUAAAUGAAAUUGGAUCAAUUUUUCUUUCCUCACCACCCUAUAUGGAUGUUUUUCACAAGACCCCUUUCCCCUGGCUUUUAUUAAAUCUUCAGAAAGCAUUAGGCUGAAGCUAUUACAUAGACCUGCAGAUGUAAAAUGAAAAGCAUUAAUGUUUUAUAGCACUCCUCUCCUUGCAUUCCCAAAAGGAAUGAAACACAUGCAUCCUGUCAUGAAGAGAAAUGUUGUAUCAGGGCUAAGAACCUAAGAGACUGGGGUUUGUUAAUAAGUAUCAUGGUAAUUUCAGCUGAUUUUAAAUAGCGGUUAACUUUGAGAGAUAUGAUUUCACUUUUUAUCAGAGUUUGUGUGGGUAAAGUCAUGACAUUUAAGACCACCUCCCUUUUAACAAAAUGCCAUUAAAUCAUUCAUUAAUAAUGCAUAUAUUAAUGCCAAUAAAAUCUUUAUGCCA